AAGGCUAAGACAAAAUAGAUACAGUUGUUUCGAUUUACAAAACAAUACCCAUUUCGAUUAUUUAAGAUGAAGUUGAUUAUCUCGUGGACUUUUCUGCCGUUUCAGCUCUCCUCCGGAAAUAGCGUCAGCCAUGACCUUCCUUCUUCGGAUCACGUCUGUCAUGUCGACAGUACAGGCUAACAUCCCUGGCAUGUAAGGCUAGUUGUAGAAAAUGUGCACUUCUACAUAGAUGGUGCUGUCAUUAAGGUUCAUUUGUUGUGGUUGGAGGGAACAUAUGUAUCCAGGUGUCUGAUGACACACUGUUUAAUUUGGGAACAAUGGUGAAAUAUUUCCACUGCGUUGGGCUUCUCAAGAACACAUGGGACCAAGUCUGCCUGGCUUUCUGGCAGCGAUACCCCAACCCCUACAGCAAUCAUGUUUUGACGGAGGACAUUGUUUUCCGCGAGGUGACUCCUGACAACCGGCUCAUUUCCAGACGCCUGCUGACCAAAACAAACAGAGCCCCACGCUGGGCCGAGAAGUUCUUGCCCAAGCAAAUGGCCCGCUUGGCGUACAUUGUCGAGGACUCUAUUAUCGACCCAAAGAACCGGACCAUGACCACAGUCACCUGGAACAUUACUCACGCGCGCCUCAUGUCAGUUAAGGAGCACUGUGUUUAUGCUGUAAAUCCUGACAACAGCAACUGGACGGAGAUAAAGCGUGAGGCAUGGAUCUCUUCGAGCCUCUACGGGCUUUCCAGAGCCAUCCAGGAAUUUGGUGUUGCAAGAUUCAAGACCAGUGUUACCAAAACCAUGAAAGGGUUUGAAUAUGUUUUGGCUAGAAUGCAAGGCGAGACACCCUCCAAGACGCUGGCGGAGACGGCCACAGAGAAGGCCCGCGAGACGGCUCUGGCAGCAAAGGAAAAGGCCAAAGACCUGGCGUCGCAGGCCCAGAAGAAGCAAUAUGUGUGAAUGGGUGGGAUGUGGUGGUGCUCGUGCUCUCCCAUGUGCUCUUUGGGAUGCCACUCAUGCUCCCCCCCCCCC